ACAGUACACUGUACGGGAUACACUGAUAUGGACACUGUGUAGCUACCUCGCGAGCAGAACACGCUUCCGCAUCCACGUCGCGUUAUCCGCACGACCACUUUCAAGCACGGCUUGGAAGGAAUUGGCACGGUGUCGAGCCUGAGCCCGGCCUCAACACACACUCGACACUCUCUCCAGGAGGCAUGCUACCUUGUCCGCCCAGUUGUCGCGGUGGCGGUAGCGGCUGCCAGGCAACGAAGGAAUGGCCAUGAGCUCAAAUGCGACAAUCAAGGCCAUCGAAUCCAGCACAGAACAGGUCCAUCGAAUCCAGGCUGGCCAGGUCAUUGUCGAUCUCUGCUCCGUUGCAAAGGAGCUCGUCGAGAACAGUAUCGACGCUGGCGCCACGGCCAUUGAGGUGCGCUUCAAAAACCAGGGUCUGGACUCGAUCGAGGUCCAAGACAAUGGCUCCGGCAUUGCGCCCCAUAACUACGAAUCCGUCGCCUUGAAGCACUACACGUCCAAGCUCUCCAGCUACGAUGACCUCUCCGAGCUGCAGACGUUUGGCUUCAGAGGCGAGGCUCUGUCCUCGCUCUGCGCCCUGUCCCGCGUUUCGAUCGUGACGUGCACCCAGCAGGAGGCGCCGCGCGCCACCAGGCUUGAGUUUGAGGCCUCUGGCAAGCUUAAGGGCACCAGUGUCGUCUCUGGCCAGCGAGGCACGACCGUCGUCGUCGAGGACCUCUUCCGCAACCUGCCAGUCCGCCGACGCGAACUGGAGAGGAACAUCAAGAGAGAGUGGGGCAAGGUGAUCAACCUCCUGAACCAGUAUGCCUGCGUGCAAACUGGCGUCAAGUUUACCGUCUCACAGCAGCCCACCAAGGGCAAGCGCAUGGUCCUGUUCUCGACUAAAGGGAACCCAUCUACCCGCGAGAACAUUAUCAACGUGUUUGGCGUCAAAACCAUGAACGCCCUCGUGGCGAUGGAUCUCAAGCUGGAAUUGAUACCCACCGCCGGUCCUCUUAGCAAGGGAAAGGCGAGGGCAGACGGCAGCUCGACAGAGGUCCGCAUCCUCGGUCAUGUGUCUCGGCCUAGCCACGGCGAAGGCCGGCAGACGCCAGACAGGCAAAUGUUCUACAUCAACGGCCGACCCUGCGGCUUACCGCAAUUUGCCAAGGUCUUCAAUGAGGUCUAUCGAUCCUACAACGCUGCCCAGUCGCCAUUCAUCUUUGCCGAUAUUCAACUGGACACCCGUCUUUAUGAUGUCAAUGUCAGCCCUGACAAGCGAACCAUUCUGCUGCAUGACCAAGGCCAGAUGCUCGACAAUCUGAGGGAGUCUUUGAUUGAACUGUUCGAGACGCAAGAUGUGACCAUCCCCGUGGCCCAAGCGCCAGCGCUGAAGCCACCUCCGUUCAGGCCGCCAGCAGGCGAUCUUUCGGCAUCCCCUACGUCGGUCCGGGCCAGGAGCAGCAGAGCUGCCACCGUAGACACGCAGCAGUAUUCCGACAGAAGUUCACCCGACCGCCAACAGCGGCCAGUAGGUGGGGAAGAUGGUGAAGCCGCCAGUGAGGAGAGCGAUCGCGAUGACGGAAGCGAGGUGGAAAAGGACGCUCAGCGACGAAAUGGAACACGGGCGCCUCAAAAACAUGAGAGCUCGUUUAAGAGCGGAGCACUCUUGUCCCGUUGGCUUGCGAAGACUCCUGAUGCCGAGACAUCACUAUCAGACUCAAAAGCCGCAGAACCAAGCCACCAUCAGCAGCGGGGCGAAGCUGCUGAAGAACUGCCAUCGUCAGGAGGAGAGACCACGGGCGAACAUGACGACGCCGGAAAAGGCCAAGCCCGAGGUUCCCAGGUGCAGGCGGCCCAACCCGCGGCUGAGACGGAGGCUCAGGGACUCGGCAGGAGCGUGCGGCAGCAGGGGGGAAUGACGGAACAACCGGUUCUUGCCAUUCCCCCUCCUUCACAACCUCCGUCUUCAAGAUCCGGCCCUGCGACUAUUUCCCGGCCGCUCAAGCGUGCUGCUCCGGAGGUGGCGACGAUCACGAUUGGCGACCAUACAGUAACAAGCUUGAUUGGGGAGCCCAGCAAAAGGCUCCGAGUGGGAGAGCCCUUGAAACCCAGCAGGGCCGGCGGCGCCGACAAGGCAAAGCAGCAGACGGCGCCGUUGCCGUCGUUUGGCGGAAGACUUUCUCAGCUAUUUUCCGCUUCGGCUCACCCCGACGAAGGGUUGAGAGACAAGAUCGGGGCUGUGGUCGAGGAAGACGAAGAUGUAGAGGCGGCUGAUUUAGGAGCCGAGGAGGAUGCUGAAGAGGACUCUCUUUUCGUGUCUCAAGUCGACAAUGAAGGGGUCCCGGGCGAGAAUGACGAUCGUGCUGACGGUCGCUGGGAGCAGCUCUCGAAUGCCAUAGAGGAGGAGGAUGUGGAAGCUGGCAGCCAGCCUGGCGCCUCGCUGGAGUCUGUUGACCACUCACCGUCUUCCCAAGGUGAUCUUGCCGAUGACGACGGCGAGCACAUGGGCGAGGACGAGAAGAAGGCUCAAGAGGACAGAAAGGUUCAGGAGAUGAUCAACGCGGCCGAGGCUGCUGCCAUCGAGCCGUCAGAAGAAGGCGAAAAGCGCUCACAGAUGUUCGUCAAGGGGCGGGCGAGGCGAAAAGACAUGACCCUUACCCUGGUCCAGCAAGUCAAGACUACCGCGGACGAGAUUCAGCGACGCAUUGCGGCCCUUGCAAGGCACCUCCCGCAGCCGCGCUCGAUGGCCUCGGCGGCUAAGAGCUCCGACGGCCUCGAUGCAGACGAUGCGGAGGAGAAGCUGUCGCUCAAAAUCUCCAAGUCCGACUUUGCAAAGAUGAAGGUCGUCGGACAAUUCAAUCUCGGCUUCAUCCUGGCCGUCCGGGAGGCCGAACCCUCGACAGAGGACGGACGCGCGGAAGCGGACGACGACGAACUCUUCAUCAUCGACCAACACGCCUCGGACGAGAAGUACAACUUCGAGCGCCUGCAAGCCACCACCACGGUGCAGUCCCAGCGCCUCGUCCAGCCGAAGACGCUCGAGCUGACCGCGCUCGAAGAGGAGAUCAUCCUGGAGCACCUGCCGGCGCUCGAGCGCAACGGCUUCGUUGCGCAGGUCGACACGUCGGGCGCGCGGCCCGUGGGGGCGCGCGCGCAGCUGCUGAGCCUGCCGCUCAGCCGCGAGACGACCUUCUCGGUUGCCGACUUCGAGGAGCUGCUCUUCUUGCUGGCGGACAACCCGACGUCGAGCGCGACGACGGUGCCGCGGCCCAGCAAGGUGCGCAAGUUGUUCGCCAUGCGCGCGUGCCGCAGCAGCAUCAUGAUCGGCCGGGCGCUGUCGCGCCGGCAGAUGGAGCGGGUGGUGCGGCACAUGGGCGAGAUGGAGAAGCCGUGGAACUGUCCGCACGGCAGGCCGACCAUGAGGCACCUGUGUGGGCUGGGGAGUGCGUGGGACGGGAGGGCCUGGACGGAGGAGGGGGUUGACGGACUUGGUGGGAGUGGUGGGCGGACGGACUGGGCCGCUUGGGUGAGGGAGAAAAGGGGAGAGGAUUAAGUGAACGUUACCCACCAUCAUCCAUACGAUGUGCUCGGGAAAUUGCAGGCGGAUGGGUGGAAAUGGCGCUUUUGGUGUUGCUUGAGGGAUACCCUAUGAACAGCUUGGGUACUUUGGACACUCGCAGAGAGUUAAACCUGGAAUGAGACAGACAUUCGAUUGCAACCGUACAUGUCGUUAGUCUUACAUAUU